AUGCGCUUCACUCCCGGUUUACUCUUGGCCUUGGCCUCGAGUGUCACUGCUCAGCGGUUCACCAACAGCAGCAUCCCUGCUACUGGAUCUGCUACUGAGUCUGCCACUGGAACCACCACUGAGCUCGCUCCCACUAGCUCUGCUGGUCCUCCUCAGCCUGUCGACCUCGGCAACGCUGUGCUUGGUCCUGGUGCUUCCUUUGCUACCUUCCCUGAUGGCUCUGUCGCUAUUUCUCUCCGCGCCGGGCCCAACGGUGUCGCUUCCUUCGCCGUUGGAGGUGCUUUCCCUUUCGGUAUCGACAUCGGAGAUCUCAUCCAGAUCUUGUUCGAUAUCCUUGUUGAGCUCCUCAGCGACAGCCGCAAGCGUGCCGACGGUGGCUGCACCCUCGAUGUCACUGUCGACGGUGUGAGCGUCUUCACCGAGGGUCUCGAGACCACCGGCGGCGUUGUUAGCCGUUCCUCUUCUGGUACUCCUGCUGGUGAAUCCGCUCCUCAGCUUGAGUUCAUUCAGUCUUGCGGUGCCAACCCUUCUGCUCUCACUGUCGGCAAUGUCAAGGUUGCUGCUGAUGAUGGCACUGGCGGCGGUGGUGGUAACGGCGGCGGUAACGGUGGCAACACCGACACUGAGACCGGCACCGCUAUCGUCACUGAGACUACUCUUACCAACAGCGAGGGUGAGCCUACUGCUACUGUCACCGACACCAUCAUCCCUACCGACACUGAGAUCAACACCAACUCCGAGGGUGCUACCACCAACUCCGAGGGCGAGACCAUUGUUCCUACUGGUACCGAGACUGCCACCGAGACCAACACCAACUCUGAGGGCGCUACCACCAACUCUGAGGGCGAGACCAUCACUGCCACUGGCACUGAGACUGCUCCCACCUCCACUGGUACCUCUGCUGCUGGCUUCCCUGCUUCCAUCGACAACUUUGUCCUCUUCGGCUGUGUCGGUUCCGACAACGGUUUCCCUACCUUUGAGCUUGCUCAAUCUUCCAGCUCCAUGGACCUCGACCAAUGUGCCACUCUCUGUGUCGGCCGCAGCUACUUUGGUGUUUACGACACUGACUGCUACUGUGGUGACGAGGUCGACGAUGGCACCGAGCGCGUCAACCUCGACUCUUGCGACAUUGAGUGCCCUGGCGAUGACUCCGAGUUCUGUGGUGGUGAUGCUCCUCUUGCUCGCCGCAGCCGCUUCAGCCGCCGCCAGUCUGCCAUUCCCAACACCAUCCUCCUCACUGUCUACGUCAACCUCGGCGGCGCUGAUGUUACUCUCACCAACGUCCUCACUGCUACCGUGACCGACCAGUCCACCAUCACCACCACCUUCACCACCACCAUCGAGGGCGCUUCCACCACCCAGACCCAGACCGUCACCGCCAUCUACGAGUGCUACAACGGACAGUGCUACCCCGACACCGGCAAGGGCGGACGCAUCGUCUACAUCUUCAAGCCUUACCCCGGUGAGGACUGCGAUGGCCAGUACGUCUACAUCUCCGAGGCCUGCUCCUGCAAGGGUGGUUCUCAGUACGUUCCCAAGUACUGCUCCAACGGUGACUGCCACGGCCUCACUGUCUACAAGCCUGAGCAGUGCGAUGACUGGUACAACUACGACGUCUGCUACACUCCUGCCGACUGUGAGUCUUGCGAGCAUGGCCAGGUCAUCUACAAGCCUUGGGAGAACACCUACGGUACCCCCGACCACCCCAAGGUUCCUGAGCUUCCCGUCUGCUCUUCUUCUCACUGCCCCGACACCGAGCACGGUUCCAAGCCCGCUCCUCCUUGCUACGGCGACAACUGUGAGGAGUCUGGCUCCAAGCCUGCUCCUCCUUGCACUGGUGACCACUGUGAAGAGUCCGGCUCCAAGCCUGCUCCUCCUUCUGCUGGCUCUGACUCUGGUUCCAAGCCCGCUCCUCCCUCUGGUGGUUCUGACUCUGGUUCCAAGCCCGCUCCUCCCUCUGGUGGUUCUGACUCUGGCUCCAAGCCCGCUCCUCCCUCCGGUGGUUCUGACUCUGGAUCCAAGCCUGCUCCUCCUUCCGGUGGCGAGUCUGACUCUGGCUCCAAGGGCUCUUCCGGUGGUGAGUCUUCUGGUGAGGCUCCUUGCUCUGGCGACCACUGCGAGCCCACCAUUGUCAGCUCCGCUGGCAAGCAGGCUGUCGGCGGUCUUGCUCUCCUUGCUGCCGUCGCUGCUGCUCUUCUCUAA